GAAUCUACCCAUUCGUUUUUCACAAGAUUCGAAGUUUUAGGCUCUAUUAUUCCGCUACCGUGUGCUAGCCUCGAUUUUCAAUUUUUUUAAUAUUUGAUCCGCCUGCAUAAAUCGAAGCAUAUCAAUCUUGUGAUAAUUUUUAACAAGAGUAUUUUAUAAUAAAAGGAUUUUAACAGUUUUUAAAACAUAAUUACUAGUUUAGAGAAAACUCAAACAUAUCAAUAAAUGAACGGGACUGAAUAUUUUUCCUUUUACUUUUUUUUCAACUGCAUAAACGUACGUUAAUAUGAAGUGGAAAGCUCUGCGGUGCAUUGAAUAUUAUUAAGUGAAUUUUUGCAAAUAAUGGUAUAGAUUUUUCAACACAAAUAUUUAAUAAACUGAAUUACAGGGGGUUGUGGAGUUGAAAAGGGUAUUAGUUGCUCUACUCAUACUUUUUGCUUUAUUUCGGAGUGUACGUGAAUCUGUGUUAGUAAGUGAAUGUACUAUGUUGUGUUUACUAAUGAUAUACACACAUUGAAAGGACAAAUUAGAAAACAUUGAAUAGACAAUUGCUUGAGAAACGGCGUAAUAAAACACCGGAAACUUAAUUUAGAUUGGAUACUCAAUUCAGAUUAGAGAUUACCGGCUAUGGACAAUAUCAAUCAAAUAAAAGUGUUAUUGAUUACAACAUGUAACAUGUCACAUUGCUAAAUCAGGUGUGGCGUUCGUAUGACUUUAUGCUGAAUAUACUGGCGCAUAGGAGGACAUCACACUUUGUACAGAUUGGUUGGCUGCUGAUUUGUAAAUCACACUCUGAGUGGCAACAGCUAGAAGCUCAUGUAACAAUGUGAUGUACAGAGGGUAUAAACAAAGUGGUAGUUAAAUUUAGGAUCCACGUAUACAAGUUAAAAGUCCAAAUGCAGGCGGAUUAAGCUAAUAUGGAAUCGAUUUGAAUGACAUAUAAAACAUUAUCGAAAACCGAAAUUCAUUAAGGAAUAGAUGCUAGCACUUCGAACAUAUCUAUACGAUACAACAACAGAUCAAACUGCGAAAACUGGAGGAUUUAUUUGAAUAUUAUCCUUUAUAGUGUAUAAAAACCUAUCACCAUUUCGUCAAUCGCGAUUAAACGAAGGCCGACGCUGCCGCAAACGCCAGCGAGUGCCCCACAGGUAUUGUCACCAAAACGACAGUGCCCAACUGUGACACAGUUUACAGCUGCUGCCGUACAUCAAACAACAACCGCUCCACCACAAAUCCAAUUACAUCCCUUGAAUCAUCCUCUACAUCAGCAUCAUCAGCAACUGGUAAAAGCGACCCUACCAACAGGUAUUUCACCAUCAAAUACCGUUACAACAAAUUUGGGGACGUUAAUGCAACAGCAAACUCAACAAAUCGUAUCAUCAACUCUUAUAAGCAAUAGCACUAAAAACAGCAGUCCAAAUAUUAACAACAACCUCAGCAUAAUCAAUAAUAAUAACGCUAUUACAAACAGUAGCAAUCAUAACAUCAAUACCAAUAGUGCUAAAAAUAUGGAAAAUCAAAUGCCUCUACCAACUUUAGGACUAUCACAAAGUAUGGAUUCCGUGAACACUGCUAGCAAUGAAGAAGAGGUACGAACGUUAUUCGUUAGCGGAUUACCAAUGGAUGCAAAACCAAGAGAGCUAUAUUUACUAUUCAGAGCGUAUGAGGGAUAUGAGGGGUCGUUGUUAAAAGUGACAAGCAAAAAUGGAAAAACAGCAUCGCCUGUUGGAUUUGUAACGUUCCAUACUAGAGCUGGAGCUGAAGCAGCAAAACAAGAUUUGCAGCAGGGUGUUCGCUUCGAUCCCGAUAUGCCCCAAACAAUUCGCUUGGAAUUUGCGAAGAGUAACACGAAAGUGAGCAAACCUAAACCACAGCCCAAUACAGCGACAACAGCCGCACAUCCUGCAUUGAUGCACCCACUCACUGGACACCUAGGAGCACCUUUUUUCCCGGGUGGCCCAGAACUAUGGCAUCAUCCUCUGGCCUAUUCAGCGGCUGCAGCGGAAUUACCAGGGGCAGCAGCUUUACAACAUGCAACGCUAGUUCACCCAGCUUUGCAUCCUCAAGUUCCAGUCCGGUCGUACCUUUGACUAAAUACAGAUAAAGUUCUAGAUCAACAAAUGCAUCAACCACAAAUGGCAAUGCCACACCCAUCAGCUAUACAUCCGGCCCCGAUGCAUGUUUCAGCCGGCUUGCCAACUGGCCACCACUUCUUGCCGAGUCCUGCUUUGGCUAGUCCGGUUAGUUCAGCCGUAGGUAAUUCAGGACAUCAGUCGAAUCCUCCAUUGGCUGCGAACGCUCCUUGUUCUACACUUUUCGUUGCAAAUCUCGGCCAAUUCGUAUCCGAACACGAGUUAAAGGAAGUAUUUUCAAGAGGAGCCGGGAUGGAGCCAAGACAAGAUCUCUUGAACAAAAAGAAUGAACGUGAACUUCACUCAUUUUUAAUGACACCAACCUGACCCGUUUCCUCUGGGGAAAUAUUCGUUCUACCGGUAUCGCAUGCUGUAGCUUAAAGGAUUUAAUAAUAGUGGCAUUCAUUUUGGAUCGAUUAUUGCUAACAUACGAACCCUCGAUGGAUCGAUCUACUUUGAGAAAUAUUUACGACCUGGUAUUGUUCGUGGAUUUUGCAAUGACGUAGAAGUAGAAAUAAAUAAUUAAAAUCUAAAAAAUUCACUGAAAGCAAUUGUUACGAUCUUAUAAACACUACAUUUUUUCGUUUAAUUUAGACUACUUUAUUACAUUAUUUACAUGAACAAAAUGGAAAAAUACCUUAAAUGUGUCUGAUAUCAAUACAAAUGUAGUAUUAAUUAAUUGAAAAUCUCAAAAUAAACUAUUUUACCGUAUAUAUCAUAACAUACGGAUGAAAAAUUAACUUGAAUGUAAUAAGAAACAAUCAACAAUUUUUAUAUUUUAGGGAAACUGAGAAUAUCAAUGGAUUUUCGCUGAAGAUAUUUAUAAAAUGUUUUUGUUAUUUUUAUUAUAAGGAUAUUUUGUACUAGACAUGGAGUGUUUUACACAAGACAAAUUUAUUAAAGAAAAAAAAACAAAAAUUAAAGCAUGUAGCUCUUAUGACUGUAAUCGUUAUAUACUAUAAAUCUUUCGUUAUGACAUUUAUUUAUUCUGACGUUUUCCUAGAAAAUAUCCGAUGAAUUCUAUUGCACAAUAAUUUAUAGCACAAAAACUAAUAAAUGUAUUUAGCCAACUUUCUUAUCCAUUUGAAAAAUUAUACGAACAACUAAAUCAAACAAUAGCACAAUGAUGUUGCAACUAAUAUCUUUUAUCUUCGCAUCUUGAAAUGGAAUUCAUUGGAUAUGAGCUUUAGGAGAAAUGUAAUUUGAUUUGCAUGUUUAUUUUUUUGCGGCAAACGGUAUUAUAUUUCCAAUAAAGAAUAUGUCUUUUAAGGUAAGAAUUCUAAAUAACCCAAGAUUGAAAAUUCUUUUGAUGAUAAACUUAAAGUAAAGAUGGAAAAAAUUAUAGAAAUUUAUUAACUUAACCGAACGUGCCCUUUACAUCACUCUCUUACUAUACUUACGAAAUUGUCUAAAUAAACAUUUUAUUAAUGGAUUGGGAAUUCAUAAUUUAGGAUAUGCAGUGUUUAUGAAUUUUCGUAAUGGAAAAUUCUAAGAUGUGAAAAUUGCAAACAAAAUAAUAGAGUGAACAAUUAAUUGCAUAUCUUGGAAAACGAAAAUAAUAAAGGGUUUCAAAUAUGAAUGUCAAGGUCAUUGAGUAAUUAGUUUUCGCUAAUAUAAAAUGUUGUUUAAAAAUGAAAAUUUAGUAAAAUAUGUUUGAAAACUUUAUGGAAAGAGAUAAAAUAUUAUGUUAACAAUAAUUCAACAAAUAGAAGAAAAUAAUGAGAGGGGUUUAAGAAAAAAUAGUACAUAUCAGUAAUAGAAUGUAAGACAAAAUAAGAAAAAAAAUUUAGUGAAUAGAAAGUAUAUAGAGGAUUAGAUAUUUUAUCGUAUAUUCAAAAAUUAUUAUAUAAAUAAAUUUUAUUAAUUAUACACAUAUAAAUUGAUAUAAAUAAUAUGAUUUUGAUAGGAAAUGCAGCAAUAGAAAGCUUACAAUACAUGAUUAGGAAGUCAGAAUUAUUAUCAAAUAUGAUUUUUACGUUUCAGAAGAAAAACUACCAAAACCCAUAAGCAUGUAUUAUUUUAGUCGAAGUAUAUAGUAUAUGCAAUAUAUAAAAAUCAAUUUAAUAUUAGGGAUAUAAGAGCUUAAACUAACCAAAUCUAUUUAAAUAAUGUAUAUUUAUUUUUUUUUUUUUUAAAUCUUGCCUUUAUUGUAGUUUUCUAUUCAAUAUGGGGUUCGUAAUUAUUUAAAUCCUCAUUGUGAUGUUUCAUUUCAUUUAUUAUAAAUGUUCAAGUUUUAAUAAUGGACCAAAAAACACAAGCAAUGGGAGAUCGAUAAAAAGCAGAGAAUCAGAUUUAAGUCUAUUUAUUUCACCUUAUUAUAAUUAACCUUUAGUUAAGCUCAGAAGCUUUGCAAGGAUUUGCAACAGAUCAAAAUGACAAGAACUUCCAUCCUCCGUUCGAAAGCGCAUUUAAAAUUGCCCGAAAAUAAAUACAUUCGAAAAAGGUGAUAUUGGGCAACCACUCGUGAAGCAUAGAAGUUUUGUUAUAUUGGAAUAUCGUUGACAAUCAUAAACCACUUAGUAAAUUAUAACAGAAGGAUCAAAAAUAUAUUGAUUUAUAAUUUUUGAACUUCUUUGUUUGUCCCACUUUGGAAUUAAAAUAUUGCUUCUUUAAGUUUAAGAAUAGACACGAUUUUCCCUUCCGCAUAUUAUCAAACUCAGCAGGAAGAACAAAAAGAAAAAAAAAAAUGUGUGUGCUCUUAAAAAAACAAUCUUUUACUUCCAGGAUCUUCAAACUGAACGGUGUGUUGAAUAAAUUUGUAGAAAACUUGCUUGUCAUCGAAUGCCAAUUUAAACAAAUUCCUCUAUUGGUCAAAAUAAAAAAACGCGAAUCAUGAAAAGUAAGCAACCCGCAUUAUAUUGAAAGUGAUAUAUUGGAUCUUGAACAUAAGAAAUAAUUACCAAUGAGCGGCAAAGUGAUAAGAAUAUUCGGUUAAAAGGAUGUUGCAUCGCACACGUCCCAGUGUUAUAUCUAACAUUUUUUAUGUCCUAAAAAUAUGUCGAUUUCCAAAAAGAAUUUACCAAAGUUUUUGAUAUAAAUAGUUAUACCUACCAAUAAACUCUAAUAUAAUUCAAAUACAAAUUGAAAAUAUGAUUAUACAAAAGUAACUCUUACGUAAUAGAAUUUCACUAAAUUUGAAUGAAAUUUAGCCCCGUAAAACCAAAAGCACGAUUGAAUUAUUUGAGGAUAUUUUCUAUAUUUUUCAUAAUCUGAGCACUUAAAUGGUGGAUAUGAUCCAACGUUCGUUGAGAAGUCGAUUUGUACCUUUUAGAGAGUCAUUUGCUUCUGUCUUUGUUGGCAUAUUAAGAUUGUUCGCUAUAUGGAAAAUAUUACAAUACUGGAAAGACGAAUACGAUUUCUCUAUUUUUGGUCUAUUGGAGUUUAUAUAGGUUCUUCAUUUCUCUUAACUUAUCAUUCAAUCUGCUUUAAAAUAACUAAGAAAUAUUAAGUAUUUAUGAUUUUAUGUCGUUAGAUACUAAUUUAUAUUUAGGAUUAUCAGUUGGUAUAUUUAACUAUGAUAAUAGAUGUAAACGUUAAAUUAUUCCGUCCAAAAAAAUUAAACGUAUAUUAAAGAUGAAUAAAGAAUAAGUAUAAUGACAUAUGCUUAUAAGUUCAUUUGUGUAGUUCGAUGCAUUUAAUUGAUAAUUUCUAGAAAGUUAACAUACGUCGGGAAAAGAACUUCAAUAAAAAUAUCACCCUUGUUUCUCUAUUUCAAAAACCCUUUAUGGACAUAAAAAACGAUUGCAGAGCUACGGAAAAUAUAACAAAGCAUAUCAUUAUAAUGCCUUUUUAAUAAUAGAUACUAUUGUACUAUAAACGUGUAUAUAGAUUCAGAGCCCAAAGCAAUAAUAUAUGUUCCAGAUCUAGUACUACUUAAGGGUGUAGACUCUGAUUUGACUUUUAGUGGUUAUUAGAUGUUUAUGAAAGAAAAUGUACAUUGAAGUUAUCUUCCCGGUCGUAUUAUUUGCAUAACGCUUAUUAUUUUAUUAUAUAUGUUGGAUUCAACAAAUAAACGAUAGCUAUUUUAUAUGAAAUUAAUUUUGUAGAACUCCAUAUUUUUAUAGAAUGUGUUUUUUUCAUAACUUUGAAAGUAUAUUUUACUAAGAAGUCCACAACAUAAAAUACCGAACAACAUUGCUGAAUAUUGCGUUAAAGUCAUUUCAAAUUUCAAAAGCUAACUAUACACAUAUAUUCAGUUUUUAACGGAAAUGAUAACUGCUUCAACGGUUAAAUUAUUCACAUUUUGAAAGUAAAACAUUAGCUUUGUGGGAAAAGUUUUUAUUUCUUACAUUCCAUUAAAUAAAUGCAUCAAACUGCAAUUUUUAUAUAUCAUGUAGAUUUAAUUGGUAAACAAGUAAGAGACGACAAAUUUAAAUGUGUGGAAUGGUAAACCAAUAUGUGAGACGUAACUACAUAUGUAGAGGCUUAUCAGAGGCUUUACCAGCAAAGGAAAGAUGGUGAAAUAAAAUAAAGAUUCAUCUACAUAUUUUACUUAGAGCUACAAGCAUACAAUUUAUGGGAUCAUAGAAACAUAUCAAUUUAGGUAAAUAUCUAUAGCCAGAUAUAAUUUGCGGGUGGUAACAUAUUUAUUAUAACUGACAUGGUAGGAACUUGAAAUGUUUAAAUAAAAAAGUGAAAAAUUUAAAAUCGGCUAAAGUCGCCGAGAAUACCACUAACCGCUACAAAAAUAUUUAGCAACUACUUAAUGAAUACUAGAGAAUCUAGAAAACUAUUGUAUUGUUACAAACAUUUACUGAGGGUGUGCUUUCAUAAAUUUUUUCAAUUCGUACAUCUCAUGGUUGAUGCCUUGAUUUUUCUUAAACCUGAAAUAAAUUAAUUGAACAAAUAUUCAAACUGUAGUUAAAAGGUAUUUACAUGUAAUGUUUAAAUUUUAGACUGAGUCGAAUUCGCAUUGUUUGUAUUUUAAGUUUUUGAGAAUGCAUUGGUAAUAAAAAAUUAAUGAAAUUCAAGUUUUUGUCUAGUUCAAAAAAUUCCGUGAGGUAGCAUAUUUACUGAUGUUAUUGCCAUUUCUCUAAUGUGUUUCAUUUGCACUUAUACAGCCGCACGAUUCGGAUUACGUUAAAAAAAUUAUUUUUCGUUGCCUGUAUUUGCCUAAAAAGCUUGCUACAAGUAUUGCAUGUACCCCUGUCUUGGCUCUUUUAUUUGCAAUGCAAGAAACGUACAGAAUGGUUUUUAAUUUCAAUUAUUUAUGAAAUUACAUCAGUAACUUAGAACAGUUUGUGUUUAGCAGUUUACUUGUUUUAUAUAAACUUAUAUAGACUCCACUUCUACUUAGUUUCUGUUCAUGUUUCUGUUAAUGCUAGGACAAGUGAAGAAAUAAGGUAAUAUGGGAAAAUCUUAACGUGAUCAGUUGUAAAUUUUCAAAAAAAAAACUUUUAUGUCCAUUUUUGGUUUCGAUCGAUAUCUUCGCUGCUUUACUAGAAAAUAUAAUAACAACAAACGUCUGUGCCCUUGAACAGGUAAGUGUAGCCUGCCUACGAAAACAAAAAAAAAUUGCGAAGGUGUCGCUACAUUAAUAGUUUUUUCUUAAUAUCUAAUUUCAGAACAAAGUUAGAUUUGUUAUUUAAUUCAGUAGAUGUAAAAUCAUUCAUCUACUUUGGGAACAAAUAAUUUUAAACCAAAUUCCUGAGCUGAACGAACCAUCGACUCAGCAUCCCAAAUAUAAUCUGAUUUUUUUAUUCACUAUCGUACGAAGCUAUUCCAAAAAAAGUUGCAAAAGCAUUCAUAAGCAUAUAGCGAAGGACAAUCACUGGAAUACUGAAUAGUGGUUUGAAGUAAAGGUUACUUUUGGACGGUCAUCCUUAAUUUUGCUAACGGUUUUUUCUAAAGAGGAACAAUAAUAUACAGUAAUCCCCGCUUAAUUCUCUCUCAAUCUUCACAUUAACGAUUCACUAUAUUUCUUCAUAUUGUCCAUUUGACACCAUCAUUUAGAAGAAAACUUAUUUUGCAUGAGGAGGAACUAUUCAAACCUAAUAAUAAGCAGAGAUUUCGUAUAAAAUUAUUAUUUUAAAAUCCACAUAAGCAGUUUGUGCAGAACUCAGCAAAACAGAGAAUAAGGAAAAAAACACAUCCUAUCGUUGGUUGCUGCAAACUAUAGGUAAUUAUCGAAAAAUAAAAUUAAAGGCUUUCCAAGAAUGGUAGUACACUUGAUAGAUUAUCAAAAAUUUCUAAAUGUGACAUGUAAAUAGCCUCAUGGUACUUCUCCUUCCGUGCAUUCGUAUAUUUUUGGUUUUGGUUAACUUUAAUACAUGGUAAUCUUCUCAAAAACAAAAACAACAAGUAUCUAGAAAAGCCAAUUGUUACUAACUUUAUAUCAAUCACCCUAAAAGACACCUACAAUAAUAUACAAUGUUAAAUACAGUAGGGUAAUGAAAGUAACAUCAAUUGAAACGAAUUUUUUCAUAAUUAGCAUUAAUUUUAUCGCAGACUAGUCAUAAGAGAAGAGGACAACUCUGAGCUAAUGAAACUAUGAGUAGAAAAACUUAUUGGAUGUAUCAACUGAAUACAAAACUAAUUCUUAUUGAAAAUUUAUUCUUAUAUUCGAUAUUAUUAUUAUGAUCGAUAUGCUUUAGCAAGUUUUUAGUCAUAAGGGAGAAUUUUAAUGUCAGUAAGCAAAUUCAAACAUAUCAAAUUGUGCCCGAAUUAAAAAAAAAAACAAAAUAUAUAUAUAUAUUAACAAGGACAAAUAUAUUGUAAACAUGGAAAAAUCUAUCCUUUUAGGCUUGUAAUCUUUACAUCAUUUGUAAUGAACAUCUCAAGUAAAUAACAGGAAUGUUACAGUAAAAAGGUUUUCUCAUUUUUUCAAAUACAUUCUAUUAGAAGCAAGAGUUGUUUACAAACCAUACUACGUUAAUAUAAAAUUGAACAUGUUCAAGCAGUUAAAUUCAGCAAUGGACCUUAAAAAGACCUAUGCCUUUUUUAAUAUCACACACUUUCGAACACUUGGCUAUAGACUAUCUCUCGAGAAAUCAAAUUGAAUAAGAACAAGUCCUAUUUUCUCUUUUGGUUCAAUUUUCGAGAGCUGCUUGAAUGAUAAAUAUACAACUAGUGUUUAAUAUUGCGUGAAAAUCUUCAUGAAAGAGGAAUAAAUACAAAGAAAAGUAUGUAAAAUAAUGCAGCGGAUGUGCUAUUAUUUACAACGGAAUAAAUAACUUUUAAAAAUGUUUUGUGUAAUUGUAAAA